CAUAACCACAGCACUGAAGAUCUCUGUGUUGAACUCGCCUUCUACCGCGGAUAAAAUUGCAGCAUUGGCGGUCUCCACACAGGGCCGAAACAGACGCCAGCCAUGUUUCCCUGGUUAGUUAAGCGUUUUUAUUUUUUUAAAUGCAAACUGGCUCGCUCUGUCAUUAAAUUAUGUUGUAUGUGUUUCAGUUUGCAGGGCCUUAGCACGGCUAUUUUAUUAUGCGUGCUCAUGAAUCAUGGAGUUUCGUCCCGAGACGUUGCCAUUCACCCCGGUAUGUUGAUGCUAAUUUUUAUUCUUACCCAGGUUAUCCUCACCUAAGUAAAUAGUCUAAUGACCUCUAUAAACGAACUGUAGGUAGGAACUGAGCAAAAGCGUGAUACAGAAAUGUAAGAUCAACAGUUUUCCAGCAGUCUGUGUGCGGGUAAUGCAAUCACAGUGGUUAAUUUCAAAAUGAAUCCUUUAUGUUGCCCAUUACAAAGCUGGACUGUCUGCACAUUGUGCGAAUCUCUUACUGUCUUCUCCAAUUUUCUCUCUGAAUAGACUGAGCAUACUUAAGAGCAUUUAUCUCCUUCAGAAUACUGAUAAAUUUUGUCAGAAAAUAUCGAACAGUAUUUUCACAUUUCCUGUCUGAUCAGUUCCAAGAUCGCGUGAGCGGGAAUAGGUUAUAAUAACAACUCUUUCUUUCUGUACUCCUCAAGGGCGACAGAAGGAAAGAACAUUAAUGUCUCUUUCUAGCUUUACAAUCAAUUUUUUUAGCAAAAUCUUCAUUCUAAGCUUCUCAGUGUGAGCGAUGAGUCAUUAUAAGAAUUGGUGAAUGUUCUAAGGUCCUGCUCAUCAAAUUAUGUGUUGAAAAUUCGUUGUUGUAAACAAACGUUCAUAUCAAAACGAGACCUUCAAAAUAUUUUAGUUUACGUUCACAAAUUUUCAUAAAAAUAGAAGUUCGUUUCAUUCGAGUGCGCACUAUCACUUUGAUCCGGACAGAGAUGAACAAUUACUGCUUCUUUGAUGGAGGUUCUAAAUGAGCAAUUUAACCCCAACAAUGGUGCAUUGUCUUUGAAAACUCUCAAGCCUGAUAUCUAUGUAACCAUUAGAACCAUUAGAAAUAUGUUCGUGAGGUGAACUGCUUCAUAAGCCUUUCCAAGUAGAGUUUUAAUGUUCUAAAUAGCCAAGAUCUCAAUUCAUUUAAGGAUUGAGCUUUCAUUAUACUCUGCACGGGAAACGAAACUCGAUCGCUUACGCUAAGGGACAGUCAAUCAUUGUUAAAAUUGAAGGCCCGACGUGCUGUUAGACGAUACGCAAAGAGGAUGCCGAACCACAUAACUAAGAUGUCCCAGAAUGUUUUAGUUGUCUACGACUCUUAGCAUUAGUUAAUGUAAAUUGGUUUGUGAUAACGAUACAGUAUUAGUGAUUCUAAAAAGAAUCCUCGCUUUUUAAGAAAUGUGUACGCUAAGAAAGGACUGAAACAUUUACGUUGGUACAGACUUUAUUUUUCUCCAAAUUAUUGUUGUUUCUAUUUGUUUUGGUUUUGUGAUGUUUUUAAUUGCUCUUAUUUGUUAUGUGUGUAUACAGACGUUCAUGAUGACAUUUUCAUUAGCUUGGUGACCAAAUUUUCGUAGACGAUUCGCGGAUUAUAUUUGUACCGCGUAUUGAGAGAAGGAUGUCUGUUCUUUGAGAGAUCAGAAUGAUAAUUUGGUUUGGAAGAUCAGAGAGGAAAUACUUCUGACUCAAAGUGGCGCGAAAAAAAAUUAUAUUCAUUGUAACAAAACAUUUCCACGUACUUCGUCAGAAUUAGCCUUUCGAGUCUCUUCGGAAAAUAUUCAGAAAAAAAUCUCAGCGUCCGGAUUCGUCACACCAGUCUGCGCGACCUUCACACCACUGUGCAACCUUUAUUUCCGUCACGCGCAACACGAAGCGUCACUGCACCGUGGGGGUGAAUCUGAAGAUACUGGAAGCAGAGAUUAGAAAUUUGGACAAAAAAUCAAACGAGCAAAUAUGAAGGAAUUAGAUCAAUAAAAGCGAUAAGCCAACUCAGGGUAAAGGAGCGAAAACAUUUACUGAUUUCCAAAUAUUGAGGUUUCCUUUAUCCUUUCAUUGUUACUACGUGUAAGACUUUUUAAAGAGGGGGGUGGGGUGGGGGAGAGCCGGGAGGGUCAUUGUUUCACUGCAAGAGAAUGGGAGAACACCAUUAUUCAUACAAAGUGUAUCGUAAGGACACCUUUUGCGUCAAAGGUGGUUUGUCAAAGUUACAGAGCUUUAUUGCGUGCCUCUUCCUGCUUCCAUAAAAUUUCAGAUACUGCUGACUUAGCGGAUUUUGUGCAAGAGUUUCAAUGGAGUUUGAGCGAGCUCGAGAUCGAAACGGUUGGUCUUUGUCCAAGCCGACCACUCCCUUCUUCAAGCGACCAAGAAGUUGAGGAUGUUGCGUACGACCUAUCGUCCACGAGUGCUACGAUAAACACCACUGUGGAAUCGCUUUUUCCUAAUGGUUUUCCUGAAGAUUUUGUUUUAUUCGCCACUGUAAAAGUGGAUCCUGACAACACAGCAGACUUGUUCACGAUAAUGGACACCGAGCAAAGUCUAUCUUUUAGUUUGAGCCCUUUGGAGUUUGAAUACAGGCGACGAGGGAAGGCCCCAUUUCGAGUGAGAUUGAACCAAAGCCUAGCUGAUGGGGCGUGGCACAGAGUGGCCAUAGCAGUUAGAAAGAAACACGUGACGCUGUCUUUAGAUUGUGCCGAGCCCAGAGGACAUGUAAGAAGGCCCAGGGGAUUUAGACCUAGUUUUGGUCGAGACAGUGUUGUUCGACUGGAGGAGCAAUUCCAGGUAAGGAUACAACUAGAACUGACAUGGAAGUCGAUUCGGCAUGGGGUUCAUGAUCUGUACAAGUGAGGUUUUGAAAGUUUACCUAACUGCAGAGAAGCAGUUAUGUAUAGUACAGUUUGAAAACUUCUAGAACAUCUCAAAUAAUCACAAAUAAUGAAACACACAGGCAAGUUUUUUAAUUCGGUUUUUUACCAGUUUGGGGAGAUAUACUUUGUUGAAUAUGUAGUUGGUAAAAGCUAAAAUGUUUUUUCGACUUGUAUACAGUGUUUGCAAAGUGGAGGUGGUUCGUGGCACGGUAAAUAUCCAAUACUUCUACAGACAAUGAGCGGAAUAUUUGUUUUAUCAUAUACCAUACAGAAUCAAAUAAUUAGUUCAUUUCUGUUAAUAUAUAUAAAAAAAAAAAAUUGGUCGGAAGUUUCACUUUUGGUGCUCGCUUAUGUCUCUUCAGGUGCUGAGAGUUGAAUUGUACUUGCCAAUCACUUUCGAAUAAGCCAAUCAUCUAACGCGAAAAGCAUAUUUACUCUCGUGGUUUAAUCUAAUUUGUGGUUUCUUUUUUCUUUUUCAGGGAUCUUUACAGCAGCUCAUAGUAGCCCCAGAUGUGUUCAGAGUUCUUUCUUACUGCAAAAUGUUUACUACCGAUUGUGACAAACCUCUGCCAUACGCGCCUUUCCUCAGUGGUGCUGCCCAAGAGCGCCGUGACAGUAACGUGCAGAUCAUCAACAACGUCAGAUAUGUAAGUAAUCGGCUUAGUAGUCUGUGUCGCGAAAAAAACUUAAUAAGGGCAACAAAAUUUUGCGUCGUUGAGUAAUUACUGAUAAACUAUAUGACACAAUGUCUCGGCCAGAAAUCCAUGCGACGAGUGAUACACUGAGCUAAUCAUGGGGUAAGAUUGAAACAUCAGCUUCUCUGUAAAUGUAAGUAGGCUCUUUGCAGUCUGAUCGAAGCGUUUGGUGAGUAAAACGAAGUGCGAUAGUAAAUAGCGCGAUGAUGGAGGCCAAACGAAAAAACCAGGCAUAUAAAAGAAAAGAACGCGACCCAACUCAAACCUGGCUCCUUUUUCCACUCCGCUUCUACUAUCGCGCCUUUCGUCUGAUUCGCUCCAGUUUCCUCACUGUACGUAUUUUUCGUGAUUGUCUCUUCAUCCUUCUUUCUUGUCUUUAUAUACACCUUUAUCUGUUUUUUAACAGUCUAACGAUAUUGAAUGCUCUUUUGUACGUAGUAUGAUGGUUUGUCUCACGAUGUAGUCACUUUCGAAGUGGAUCGCAUCCACGUAGCAUCCAUAUCCACUUUCGGUGUGGAUCGAUCCAUAUCAAAAGUGAUUGAAUUGGGACAAAAACGUUUGUAUUAUUCAUUCAAGAUGUUUUUAUUUUCAGAUCAAAGGCGAGAGAGGAAUUCCCGGACCUCCGGGUCCUACGGUAUGUUCCGUCAUGUCUUAACCCUUUAACUCCCAAGAUCUGAUUGUCAAUUCUCCCCUCUAACUGCGAUCCAUUUCCUUGGAAAUAAGUUACAAGAAUUUGGUGUUAGAUCAAGAUAACAACUUCCACCUUAUAAGUUUGAGUAUUCUCAUGACCUGUUUGCUGGAUAGUGUUUAGAUAUUACAGGGAGAAGUUACAUAUUAAUCACUUUUGGGAGUUAAAGGGUUAACUCCUUUAAUGACCCAACCUUCUCUGCCGUUUGUCUUUUGUUUGUUUGUUUUAUAAGAAAGCGUUUUCUUUUUUUAUUUGUCAGGGACUGCAAGGGGCGGUUGGUGAAAAAGGUUACAGUGGGCCUAGAGGUGAUCAGGGAGCAACGGUAUGUUCUGGCAUCAUUUUCGCAGACGUUACAAACAGCCCAAGAGUUAAGGCCGUUAAGGCCGUUAAGGAAAUAAGCACAAAUCGUAGGUUUUCUAAACCUGACUGAGCCUGCAGCAUUUCCUGUAUCGCUAAACAGCGCGAUUUUUGCAAGACUGAGGGCGCGACCUUUCCAUGAGUUAGGUAACAAAACAAGUUAUCUGUAGUAGAUAAUAGCACUUACGAAUGGUGAUGUCACUGCACAUAUUUGCUUUUGUCGGUUAUCAAAAUAUUGCUUGUUAUGCUGCUGAUUAUCAGCGCCGCGCUUUCACCGGGAAACUAUUGAAUAUGGCUGCGAACUGUUGUCAAAGUAAAACUUGAUCGACAAUUGCCUAACAGGUAACAAGAAAAUCAAACACACUCAUUUGACCCUUGACUGUUUUAUGAGAUGAAAAUCAGUCUGGUAAAGUAUCGAAAAGAAAAAAGUUGUUGGUGAAUAUUCUGGACUAGGUAAUAGGGUAUUUUUUUAUUUUACAGGGACCUCCGGGAUCUCCCGGUACAGCUGGACCCCCCGGCCCUCCAGGGCCCCCUGGUGACGGAAUCUAUGUCGUAAGUGAAAUCGCCAUCCCUCGUUUCUGGAGCAUUUUAUUGAGUGUUGAAAGUAGUCCGAGAUCGCGUUAGCUUGCAAUCAUAUGGUACCGGAUUAGUUUAGAAAUCUAGUGCCAAUCUCUCAACCAAUCACACGGUAAACUAAAACCAAUGGUGACACUCGCAUUGUCCUGCACCUAAGGACGGCUAUUACACGUGCUAGCUCUGGCUUCUAAUUGGCUCCUCUUUGGUCAGUUCUGAUAGAUAACUAAGGGUUUGGUCAUAGUUUGCUCAAAUGAAAAGCGCUCUUACAACCACUGAAAUUGUGUAAUCAAAGAUCAAAAAGGAAUAAUGAAUGAAAUCGGCACCUAGAGACAAAGAAGCUUUCAUUUUCUCGUACAACCACAAAGUGCACAACGCAAACUAGAUUUUACACGAUUAAGGGACAAAUAAACAAAAUUGUCCAAAUUUACCUAUUCGUUGAGACUCGCUGUUUGUCAGACCUGAUUUUGGGUAUCUUCACCUCUUCAAUUAUACAUUUUGAACUUUUGUUAUUUCAGAGAUGGAAUAGACUUCAAGGAUCGAAUGAAAAGGGCCCAGGCCCCGUAGCGGGCGGUCUUGUAGUCGAGCCCCCCGCAGUGGUGAGUUUUUUAACCAAUCGUUACCUCUGAAGGGGUCUCCGCUUUGGGUUAACACAAAGCCAUGGCGAAUUCGAACAAAAUGCUGUGUUUUGCGUGUUUUUUAAGUAACGAACCACAAAGAGAUAAAUUUUCUUAUUCUGGCUACAGGGAGAUACUGUUGAGAUAUCUGCCGAUUAGUUCUCGGUUCAUUGCAUUUUUUCUAGUUUUUAUUUUUUAUUUAUUUGUUUUUAUUUGUUAACAUUUUUUAGCCGGGAGAGCCAGGCCCACGGGGACAGCGAGGAGCACGUGGACAACCGGUGAGUAUAGAAAAGCCUCUGGUUCAGUAAUGGAGCUGAUGUAGAUGAACUGUGUCAUUUUCACCCCACGGUAUGACAUAGUCAUACUAUAGGAUUUAUGUAAGGACCUGAAAUUCACUCAUUCACCCACUCCAUUCUGAUCUGUUAGACAAAUAAUUUAUGCAUUGAAUGCGGAUUAAACGUGUUAUUCCCAAACUCUUUUCCUUAACCGUUCUUUUUUCUUCAGUUCAUUUACCUGAGGGGAGAAAAAAGGCGAAAAUUUUUUGCAAUUUCCUGCCACCACCAAAUCGUCAGACAACGUUUUAUUUUACCAAGUGCUUUACACACUCAUCAUACUUAACAAGCUCGUUAUAAUGUCUUGGCACUUUCCAACAGUCUAAUAUUAAUAUUAAUAUCGUGAGCAAUAAUGUUUAUCUGCUUCUGCUGGCUGCACGACUGUCUACAUUUCACGAACUCUCGCAAUGUGCUUCAGUUUAAAGAAAAUAAUAUUUUAGAAGGGAACGAAAAUCUUUCUUAUCGAGAAAUGUCGUGAAUAGUCCUAGUUGAAGGUGAUGUAAUCUUGUUUGAACCUGCUAUAAUCUUCUCUCUGCAGGGACGUCCAGGGAACCCCGGUGAGAAGGGAUCCCAGGGAGAUCCAGGAGCCCCGGUAAGGAACACAUCGUUUUCUUUACUUAAUACGCGUCCGGCAGUACUGAAUAGGGAAAAGAUGAAUGACAACAAUAAUUUUAAAAAAAACAUAGAAAUUGCUUAAUUACGUGAUCACUCCCAUAUUUUUUUAUAGUCAUUGCCUAGAGCCCUAGUCGAGUUAUUUCUACCUCACAAUGACUCGUAAGCUUAGUGUUAUCCUCUGCAUUUAAGUUUGGUUUCUCCAAGUAAAGAGGCGCAAUGACGGCGAGUUAUUUGGCAAGCGAUAUAUCAAGUAGCUGCACAUGGUGAAUAAAGACGCUAUCCGCGCUUUCCUGAAAGAGAAGAAUUAUCAUAAAGAACGAAUUUCCAUAAAUAAUGGAGAAAGUAAAGCACUGAUUAAGUAACUGUGCGAACAUCUCCCAUGAAGACGUUUGGGUAAUCUCGUACCCAGACCUUCCACGACCAAAAAAGCCGUUGUACAUUUCAGUUACACGGUAGGAUCUGGGUAAGAGAUUAGCCGUCGGGUCUCAUCGUUCAUGGAUCAUGCUUUUCUGGGUCAACGUUUUUACAAUCUAGUGUAAGUAAUUUAAGCAUUACACCGCAGUUUCUAUUGGUUUUCCAAUAACCCCUACGUAGGAUGUUGGAAAAACACAAGGAAAGUCCCGAGCUUCUCCCAACAUCCCAAGUGGGUUAUUUCGCCGGUAAACCGCUGGAAAGUGCGGUCUAUAGCAUUUUAUGAUAUAACCAAGGUUUUACCAGUGCAAUAAGCGAUAUAUUUUGACCAAUCAGGGCAAUCGUAGUAUCUCAGUAGUGAUAGUUGCGGUGCGAUCAUGAGCCCUCUUUGGUGUUUGGAAUACUACUAUCCAGCAUUUGACAACACAAACAUAAUUUGCGUUUUUUGAUGUUUUAAUCCGAUAGCAUCCACUGACAACUUUAACAAUAGAAAAUUUUAAUAAUCCAUGUCACAUUUUCUUAGUGCUGAUUGAGCCAAAAAGCUGCUUGUGUCCUGAUUUUGUUUCACAGGGCUUACCUGGUAACCAAGGCAACCGAGGUCCAUCUGGUAGACCGGGAAAACCGGUAAGCUGUCAAUGAUACGUGAAUAUUUUUCUCUCUGUCGAAAGUAAUCAGGGAAUGUAAUGGUUUUCCUAAACUUCUUUUUUUAUUGGUCGGUGAAUCUUGUGUAAUCAGAUGAAAAUCUAAAACCGAUAGCGCCUUGUUCAUGUGAGUAUUACCACGCCUCGGGCACGCUUUGAGUUCUGAUUGGUUCUUUGUAAUAUCUAUGGUUACUCUGAUUGGCUAUCGUCACCAGUUUGCACGUUUUGAGCUCUGAUUGGUUCUUUGUAAUAUCUAUCGUUACUCUGAUUGGCUGUCGUCGCUAGUUUACUUUAAUUUUUCAACAUUUGUCUAUUAACGUAGAUCGUGACUUAUCGACUUCGCCGUUGACUCUACUGAUGGAUAAUUAGAUUCUGUUGUUGAACACCACGCGACAUUUAGGGAUGGCUCCAAUUGCCUACCCUUAUUCUAACCCAGGUUCUCCGUGUAAAUGACACCAGAGACCUUUAGCAAACCACGACGGCGACGACAACGAGGACGUGGCAAAGUAAAAGAUCUAAUUAGCAGAGCAAUAGCUCAAUACGUGCUUUUCAAAAUUGUGUACAUCUCUUAGCCGUCCUCUGUAAAAUGACAACAUGAUAUCAUCAAAAUUUACGUGGUCCAAGAAAGGAAACCCCAACGGCAAAUUAUUUAAGUUUCCAUUUGGAACUCAACACCGCUCUCAUACGUUUUGCUGAGGUUAACUUGCGGCGCUGUAAGAGAAGGUAAACACAUCGAGUCAUUCGCGAAAUUCCAACGAAAAAUAUAUAUUUAUUUUUAAGUCGACAUCUUCUUUGGCGUUGCCGUCCUAACUGCAAAAAGUCCCUAUUCUUUCGACAGCGCAGGAAUGGGAAACUAUUUCCGUAAGAUCACUGAGAGUAAUCGAAACGAUUCGACCAAAGCAUCAAUAUCCAAUAAAGGAGUUAACUUCUCAGUCGCAUUCAUUGUAUUGUGGCUCAACACCGACCUUAACCUCGCCUUUUUUAAACAAAAAUAUUUGUUUCUUUUUAGGGUCCCCAAGGACCGGACGGACCAAGAGGUACCCCCGGAGUUAUGGGAGAAAAGGUAGGAGGGGAGGAUUCGCGAACUUGAAAAUUCAGGGUUACUGAAUAGACGUUACACAUGAAAUGAUUAACCAUGACGCUCUGACAAGCAUGUAACUUUUAUAAAACUAAGACUAUAGCGUGCUGUAACUAUACUUCUGUGUGCUUCACUAUUUCAGGGAGACAGAGGAAUUGAAGGAAUGGCGGGAAUGACGGGCCACAAAGGACCACGGGUAACGUGAACAUUUCGAUUACCAGCUGAAGUUUUGUGUUCAAUAAAACUUGGAUGAGUUUUGACAAAUGUCCCCAAGUUUUGAUAUGUUUCUACAUAAAACCUUGAGAAAGGUUACGCUUAGGUCUCCAUUAUUAGCGAUGUUGGACGCGCAUUUUUACGCCCGCGAGAAGAUUAGAGACGGGUUGGGGAGAGGUUUGCCAGGAGCCUGGCACUAGUAAUUUUCAGUGCUUGACUCUCGCCGGUGCGUGAUGCUUAAUGCUUCAUUAGUUCUCUCGGGCUAAGAAACGCCUUGGCUGAAGCGUUAUAAUGUGGUUCUGUUCGCUGGCCAGGUUACGCAUGACGCUAUCGGCAAACGGCAAAACUUGUUGCCGUUAGCCUUUUUUCAGCCGUUUUUAUACCUUGCUAUCACAUCGUGUCUAUUUCUUGAUAUCUCAAAGCAACGAUUAACACUUUACCCUGGAAGAACUUGAAUAAAUUUCAGUGGUUAUGGUAACUUUUUUACGCUAUGAAAAAAUACUUUGAAUAUAGUCAGAGCUAUGUACUAAACAAGAUAGUUGUAAGGAAUGCAUAGCUCAAAAUUCGCUGAAACCGAAUACGCAGUGAUACAAGAAACUUCGAAGUAAUUUGCGUUUUGAAUAAAGUUUCAUACUCUUCGACAAGGACUGAAACGAUCGCAUGAACAUGAAACGAUCUUGUAAAGGUGAAAAAAAGAGAUGUAUAGAUCUGAAUAUUUUAACGAGCUGUAGAUCAGAAUUUUAAAAGGAACUAAAUCGCGAACAUGCAGAGAUUAAAAGAUGAUGAAAAGAUUCGAAACAGAAAUGGAACAGCGGUGGAUAACGAUGGGAAGACGUCCUGAAACAUUAGUCUUAAUUUUUCAUACUUGAGAUAUACGCAAACUGUAAAGUACUCCAUAAGACUUUUAAGGUUAUUGAUCGUCAGCACUAGUAUGUGUAGAAAAUGGUCUCUCAAGCGGCUGAAACUCGAGCAGUGUAAUAGCAAACUACAAAAUUUCAUAAAAGCAUAUUUGAUAAGAAUCCGAACCACAUUCAUGUAAAGUUUAUAUUUUUCCUAGGGUCUACCAGGCAUGCGAGGAGAAAAAGGCGACAAAGGUGAAGCUGGUGAAAGAGUAAGUGCCUUUCAUACCUAGAUAUGGCUGCAUAUCCUUUUGUUGUUUUUCUCUUCUUUCAUUUUCUUUUCUUCUUAUGAAUUGUGCAUCUAUCCAUCAGUCUGUCUUCCCGUCCUUUCGUUACUCAGUCUGCCAGUCACGUGGUCGAUCGGUCGGACAGUCAGUCAGUCGGUUGGUCGGGCUAUUGAUCGGUCAGUCAGUCGGUCAGACAGUCAGCCAAUCGGUUGGUUGGUCGGUCGACCAAUCGAUAGGUCAAUCAGUCUGUCGGUCGGUUAGUCGGUCGAUCGAUCUGUGAGUUAGUCGGUCGAUCGAUCUGUGAGUUAGUCGGUCGAUCGAUCUGUGAGUCAGUCGGUCAGCCAGUCAGUCGGUUGGUUGGUCAAUCAAUCGAUUGGUUGGUCAGUCAGUUGGUUGGUUGGUCAAUCGGUCCGUUGGUUGGUCAAUCAGUCGGUCGGUGGGUCGGGCGAUCGAUCGAUCAACCAAUCUGUCAGACAGUCAGUAGGUUGAUUGGUUAGUAGUUGGUCGGUUGUUCGGUCAAUCUAUCGGUCAGUCAGUUGGGUCAAUAGGUCACUCAGCCGGUAGUAAGUCGAUCAGUACGUCAGCCAAGCGGUCGAUCGGUAAGUUUGUCAAUCAGUCCAUCCGCAAUUCGAUCUGACCCCUCCUUAGUCCUAUUCAGUGAAAAAUGAGAUUCUGAAAUAACACAGUGUACGAUGCUCUGCAUUCACCUAUUAAGCUUUACUGUUUUACAGGGCGAUGGUGGCACACCAGGGCAAGCUGGAAUGCAAGGUGAACGGGUAAGUAUUAUCACUGAUAGAAUCCCACCAAGUAUCCCACUAUUUCGUCUUUGUUCUCGACAGAUCUGUUUCUGUUGUGUGUAAUAACAAAUGGUGGGACCAACGGUAAGAAUAUAAGUCAAAAUAAAUUAGUAUCAAAAAAUGGAAAAUUUAGACUUCACUAGUAACGAGGACUUGUCGCCGUUAACAGACCGAGAGUUGUAAACUAUUGAAAAGAAAAAGAAAUCGUUGUUCUGGACUCAUAAGUCCAUUUUAGUACCUUAUCACGUUACAUAUAGCAAGUUGUUUGCUGGUUCGUGAGACUCAUCAUCACUUGCGGCUAAAAUAAGCAAUAUUAUGUCUAUUUUUCGAAGAUUAUAGUCAAUUGACCAAAAUGUUGCCUCUUGUGUACACACUGAUUACUACUGUGAUUGGUCAAAAUUGUCAAUAAAGCCACUCGUUCCAAUCCACAUCAAUUCCACUACUAUAUCCCAGAUUCUCUCACCAAAAGGCAAAAUGGCGACUCAGUCAGCCCUAACUUUGAACGUUCUCAAUGUAACGGUAACGCUGGUAGGGGUAGAUGAUCAAGAAAGAAGGUAAUCACCGAUCCUAGGGUCUCUAAAGUAAUUUUCUGGAGAAGAUUAGUAGUUUUUGCAAGCGUAAAAUCUAUGUUUUUAUCACGCAUCGUAGGUAAAAGUUUCUCAAGGCGUGUACAUACACUUAGUUGGGGAUCGAGGAACAAACACAACUUGAUCGAUAUUUCUUGGUUUUAUUCAAACUUCAAUUUUUGUAUCACGUGAUUACUCUAUCUUGUUUGACAACUCUUUGUGGAUUUAUAAAAAUUUAACCAUAGAGUUUAACAAAAUUAAAGUUGAUUAAAUUUUUUUCAUUCCAGGGACCCCAAGGAGAACCAGGAGAACGGGGACCGCCAGGGCCGAGAGGAUUGCAGGUAAGUAUCGGCAAAAAAAACUUUCACGGGUUUUUCAACUAAUUAACUUUGCAUAAACAAGUUAGUGGAAGUCCUUCAACACUACUCUAGUUCAGUGAAAUAAGUAAAGCUGUGAAUUGUGAGAGUAAUCUGUUGAACAUAUAACUCUACAAAGUUGCAAAAUGGAGAAAGUUGCAAAAGUUUAGACCUUUUUUAUAGUAAGGAGGAGGUGCAGGUGAGGGGAAACAAAACCUUGUUCCCACCAUACAAAGUUCUUUGUCAGUUUGCAACACGUUAUCGUCAUACUUGGCAGUUUUACUUAUUUCACUGAGCUCUUUCCAGCUGCAUCUAUAGAUUUCCUUUCAAUGGUGCAUGUAAAAAUUUUAAAAAUUGCAAAUGGGUCUAUUUGGGGUGAUUGGUUGUCAUGAGACAGAGCCUUCGAGGCUAACUCUGUUACAUUUUUACUUUAUCCCUUAAUUCUUAAUAUCAACAGGGAGGUACAGGAGAGCGAGGUCCACCAGGACCCUCUGGAUCACCGGUAAGGAAAUAAGUAAACAAUGGUCUUCAUUUGGUAUGAAAAUAGGCUGGGAUAUUUGUCUACAAACAUAACCUGUUCUAAUAAGCAGACAGUUCUGUAAGAACAGUGCCAGUAUUAUCCAUCAAAAAAUUUUAUACAAUAAGCAGGAUAAAGCAUUAAACUAGUUUACCCUCAAAAACAUCCACAUGCAAGGGAUGGCAACUCUUCCAGACUUGAUCCUUCUUCUUUGGCUUUUUUGUCAAAUGAUUCUUCUUCUGAUGCCAAAGAUUCAGUAAAAGUAAUAUAUCCUGUCUUGAACAUUUUUCUUUUAACAAGAUUAAUCAAUACCUUGUAGUGGAAAGGAAAAAAGAUUUUGCACAUAUUCAUUAGGGUGACCUCGAAUAUCACCCUAAGAAAUUAUCAUGAAUCUGAUUCACAAGCAAUACACACAACAUAUGGUUAAAAGAAAAGAAAUUACCAGUUGUGGUCUUGUCAAUAUUGAGUGUACAGAUUUUUUUAGUUUUGACAUGAAAAAGUUAGUAAAAAUUCGUAAGAUGUAUGGUGAAAUAAAGAUUAGUUGAGUAUCAGUGAAGGGUGUGCAUGGAAAUUUUGGUGUGCAUAAUCUAACUUUCCUUCUUACCAAAGAAGUCUUGGUCUGAUGUUUAUUAGUUGGACUCGAACAUGAGGGGUCCAUAAUCAGUCUGUAGCCAGGUCAUUGUAUUGCAUCACAUUGUGGGCAAAAUACUGAACCCUUGAAGUGUCUCUCUCAACUCAGGCUUAAUCUGGAAUGGAUUAGCAUCCUUUUCAGAGGGAGCAGCGAUAUUCCCAGUAGCUUUGCAUUGAAGAAAAUCGAUUAUGCUCCAAUGCUGUGGACCUAUUGGCUUGAAACCAGACUUAAUUUCUUUGUUUUUCCACCUUCCUACCUAGGGUCCCCCAGGUGCUAUAGGAAUUCAAGGUGUGCAAGGCAUGAGAGGACCCUCGGUAAUAAUAGAAUAAAGCUACAUUAUAUUCUGACAUUUUAGAUAUGUUCAUUUAAACUAACAGCUUAAUAGAAUGUGCACAAUGGAUGAGAAUCAAUGGUAUUGUUGUUAGAAUGGACACUUCUCACUGCUGAAGCCCAGGUUUGCAUUCUUGGAUAUGUGAUCAAAUGUGGGUCAAGUUGGCUCUAAUCUCAGUGGUUAAUGCUUUUUCUCUGAGUUCAUGGAUUCACAAUUCUCCACAAAAACCAUACAGCUAAUUCAAAUUUGACAAGGAAACAGUGGAGGAUUUCAGAGCUACCCUGUUCAUAUGCCAUUUCUAAAAUCCAAUUUUAUUUUGAUUAUUUUGAAGCUUGUUAUCAUUUAAUAAGACAUAUAUUCAGAAUGAAAGGUCUUUUUUUUUGGAGGAGCUGGGAGAAAAUCAGAGUGAAAUACCGUAAAAACUGGAUGUGGAUCAAACUGAAGGAGACUCUAGAUAUUGAUUUCCAUAUUCAUGUUUAACAUUCUUCUGUUUUGGUACAAUUAUAUUUUUGUCAAAAGUAAUAUUCAAUGAACCAGUAUUCAAUUUUCUCUUUUUUCUUUUCAAGGGACCUCCUGGUAUUCCGGGUCCCCCAGGGCCUAUGGGACCUAAGGUAUGUCACAUAGCACCUCCAGCCUUUUUCUUUCUAAUACUAAGGUGGGAAUUACUUUUAUUGGAGAUAAUUUGUCAUUCAUGUACCACAGUCUAUAAUCCUUAUUUACUAUCUUUAGGGUGAGGCUGGAAAAGUUGGUAUGCCUGGUUUCCCAGGUACUGAUGGUGUGCCAGUAAGUAGAGAGAGAGAGUUAUUUUGACUUAUAACUAGUACAUGUAACCUCCUAUUAAAAUACAUAUAAUGUAUUUUUAUUGUGGUUAUGAAAAACAGCAAUUGAUGGCCUACUUAAAACGCAGUUAUUCACUGAAGAAAUAAAUAAAACCCAUUUGCUGCAAUUAAAUAUAAAAUUUUCACAUAUGACCUUAUGGUUGCAUGAAUUCUUUGUUAUUGUCAACUUAAGCCAAUGUGGUAAUUAAACAAACUAUUUUAUUUCAGCUUUAUGAUUAUAAAUGUUCAGUUAAUAAACUUUGCAUGAAGAUGAGCACAGGCUUUGAGGAGUAUGUACUGACUUCUUGUGGGGUAAAUCUAAUCCUCUGACUAUAUUAUAGGGAUACCCUGGCAUUGAAGGACCGCCUGGACCCAAAGGCGACAGAGUAAGUCAGAUUUAAUGUAACAUGCUAUAGUUUUCAGCAAAAGCUCUAAAGUUUUUGAUCAGGGGGGAGAGAGGUUCAUUAACCUCUUCUCUAUUAGUAUUUAUAAAGAAGAUAGCUUUUUACAGCAUUUUAAGUAUCUGAAAUUAUCAAACAACCCAUUAACACCUUAGUCUAAGCUUGUGGAUUGUAAAGUUCUUCAAGUUAACACGUUUUUAGUUGGCUGAGUGCAUAUGUUUGUAAUUUUAUCACAAAGCACCAUAAAUUAUUUUUAUUAAAUUUUUCACCCUUGUCAUGCACCCUUUUUAAGUUUUCAACAUUACAGAAUUUGUUGUGUUUCUAUUUAAGUUUAAUUUUAUCAAUGUUUUGAUUGAUAUACUCAAUGGAUGUACUUCCCAGGGUGCACCAGGAGUUAGAGGACCACAAGGCUACCCAGGCCUCCCUGGGCCAAAGGUGUGAUACAGUGAUACAGCUCAAGGAUAUUUUCUAUUUACAAUAGGCAUUUUCAUCUUUCUACUCUAACACAUUUUAAACAAUUCAUUCCCUUCAAUAUGACAUACUUCAAACUUCAUACUCCAGGCUAAUUUUCUAAAUUAAUUUUGAACCAAAAGCUUAAUUUUGAGAAAUCUUGUAUUGUAAUCUAUAACUUAUCUUUGCAUUUGUCAUUGACCAAUCAGAAAUUAAAUUCUUUGUUGGACUUGAGAUUUUAACCAAUAUAUUUCAUUGUAUUUUUUUUGGCCUUUGGCACUUAAUCUUUAAGUCCAAUGUGCUUUAAAUGACAAAAUUAGCCAUUUAAUAAUAAAAGAAUGCUUAUUUUUUGCACAGGGGAGCAGAGGAAAACGAGGUCCAGAAGGAGAGAAGGGUGAAGAGGUUUGUAUUUCCUAUUUUACAUUUAUAUUAUAAACCUGUAGACCAGGGGUGUUGGCUUUCAUCAAUUUUAUUUUGAUUCAGCUCUCCAGAUUGAUUUUACAUCAUAGACCAGCAAGAUUAUAUUUCACGAAACCAAUCUAGUCUCAUGAUAAAUCUUCUGUUUUGCUUAGCUGUGCAUUUAAUGAAGAAAAACUGUCAGCACAAAUAUUUUUUCAAAGGGAUUUUAACCUGUUAUUCCUGAUUAACUGCUUCUGCUGUAGAGUUUUAAUUAGUGCAAAGAAAAUUUAAUGAUAAAAUAGCUUGGGAGAAAUAGAGAUUGAUUCUUAGGUGUGAAUAUAACUGUCUCAAAAGGAAGCUGAAAUCUCACUUAAACACACUAAUGUCUACAAAUAGGGCUUUUCUUGGGUAUGGAAAUCCCUGUAAAACACCAAAGUUUAUUCAGUAAAAGUGAUAGCUUCAGAGUAUGUGAAUCACAGGUACUAAUGAAAUGCAUAGGAGCAACACUCAUCCAUCAAACUGAAUACCUUAGACUUAUUGAGACUUGACCCUCAUCUUCUUGUAAUCAGCUGUCACAUUUCACCUAUUAAUAAUCUUUCACAGGGACUAGCUGGAUUUCCUGGUGCAAAAGGUGAUGAGGGGCCAAAAGGAGAAGAUGUAAGUGAAACAAAAAACUAACUGUUUUUGAAUAUAACCUACCCUGCAUGAAUUCCUAGCUAGUUUUAUGCACAUGCAGCUAGCAUUAAAAUGGUUACUUUGACUUUUGAAAUCCCUUCUCCCUCAGAGUUCCAGUCACCUUACCAAAGGCAUUUUGAUAUACCCUAAGUACCAUAAUAUGAACUCAUAUGAAUUUGAGUUGAAAAGAACCAUUCAGUUAUUCCUUGAGAAGUAAGGUUUAUCCCAGGACUUUGCUUAAACUGCUGUAAGUUGUGAUUACUGUAAUCAUCGUCUUCCUUGUAGGGUGCCUCAGGAGUAGUUGGUGUGCCAGGAGGUGAAGGACCUGAAGGGCCAAAGGUUUGUUUACCAGCUACCUCAGUGAUCUGAAUCAUAUUUCUUAGUCUUAAUUUAUUGACAAUCGCUAUUGACAGAAAAUUUUUGAAGAGGACUGAUUUCAAAUUUUGAGAGGUUUCUCAAAAACAGUGAGUUUACCCAUGGCUUGAAACAUUAAAAAGCAAAAUAUACAGCUCUAAUGACUGUUAGGUAAAUCAUUCAGUCCAAAUACCUAGAAAGGCUGGUAGUCAUCAACAAGCAUGACCAGCACUGCACCCUUAAAUGCCAUAGGUAAAAAGAAGCGUUUACCUCUGAUAAUUGUAGGGUCGCAGUGGUAUCCCAGGACCUUCAGGCCCCCCUGGACCUACAGGAGUAAAGGUAUUGUUUAUUAUUGUUAGUUAUUAUUAUUAUUGAUAUAAGUUAUUGUUUUCAAAACAUUAUGAUUACAUGUUAUCACAUUAUGAUCAGAUCAGACUACUCUCCAUUUAUAACUUAGUUUGAAACAAAAAGUUAAUGGCAAGAACAGCCAAUUUUAUUACAUUACCCCUUAACAUUUAUUGGCAUUAUUUGUUUUCAGGGAGAGAAAGGACCACAGGGAAUGCCUGGGUACCCUGGUGAACCAGGAGAAAAGGUAGAGCAGACAAAUCUUUAAGAGCUGUUCAUCAGUAAAUGGAACUGCUUUAAGCUCAAUUAAUAGGCAGUGAUGUAGGGAAUUGCUGGGAGCUGAAGAAUGUACUUGACUAUUAACAAAAUUUUCUUAGGUUAAAAAAAUUUAACACUGCGCAAAGUUUCGGUCAACACCACCUUGAAAUGACACUCAAUUAGCUGCAUUUCAGUGUGGUAUUUUGAUUAUCAACAUGUGUUUUGCCUAAAUCUGUUGAAUAUUGUAUUUCAGUAUAUUUGAUAUUGCAUAAUGGGCAAUAUUAGCAAAUCAUAAAGGCUGUGUGUGUUGAUAUAUCCUCGUAUAUAUGUAUUUUUUAAUGACAGGGUAAUACGGGUGCAACAGGGGCAAGAGGACGAGAUGGAUCAAAGGGAGUCAGGGUGAGUCUGUAUGGGCUAUGAUCCUCUGCAAAUAAAUUAGGAUGAUUUUUCAAGACAAGAGACAUGAGAUGCAUGGGACAAAGUUCAAAAGUUUUUGGAAAUUUUCCGUUAUCGCCCCAACCCUGACAAAUAUUUUAAAUUCCAGAUCCAUGGUCAAAAGACUUGUCACACUCCUCUUACAUUCAUAUUUCAUGAGUUUGUUUUAUUGUUGUUGUUUCUUUUGUAGGGGGAUCCUGGACCACCAGGGCCGCAAGGAGGAAGAGGAUCAAGGGUACAGCCAGGCUACAAAGCCUACUCCUCUUUGUUCUCUUUAAAACACAUCCAUCACAUUGUCUCAUGAACCCACUAUCUUUUAAGUGUCAUGGCAAUAAUGGUCACAGCCUGCCAUGUUUUAGUGGAAGUGUUGAACAUAAAGAAAAGAUAACCUGAAAUAAAACAAAAAGUCGGUGUCUGUAAAAUAACAAAAAGUUAAAGGAAGCAAUUUAAAGGGUCAUUACAGUGCCACACCCUUUUUCCCUUUGGGCCCCCCCCCCCCUCUUCACCCCACACACCCUCAUACUCUUUAAUUUACUACAUUUUCUAUCCCUUUUUUUCUGUUGAAUUAUUGGGAACUUACAACCACGAUGCCAUAGGCAUAAGUAUUGCGAGUGAUAGAUAAAUUCGUAAAUUGUUGCACUAAGCCCCCAUGAUUUCAGUUGUUGUAACUCACUUUUUUUACGUGUCCAUAGGGUCCACGUGGUGCGCGGGGAUCCCCCGGAACUCCUGGAACCAACGGGGCAAAGGUGAGUCAUACUGGUUGAGUUUCAUGAUACUGGUACAACAAUAAUGAUGACGAUAUCAACAGUUAAAAUGCUAACAGUAAAAGGAAUGAUAAAAAUCUUCUGAAACCACAGAGGUAACAAACCUGAUUAAAUAACAAUGAUAGAGGGUAACUAUUUUAAAGAAUCUUGCCUACCAGAAAAAAGCGUCUUCAAAAAUACGCUCACAACGCUAAGUUAUAAGUUCUUUAUGAAUGGGAAAUCUUGUGUUCGCGUCCAUUUUAUCACUGGUUGAUGUUCCUUAAUUAAACUCUUCCACGUUUUGUUUACACUGCGAACCUUUAUUAAGGUACUCAUCAUGUAUCUGUUGAAGGUACAAUCUUAGCAUCCGUAAUAAGCACAUUUUUUUUUAAAUUCUAGACAUAUUCUUGCAACUUCUUUCCAUCAUUGUUUCACCUUAAGCUCUUGAAGGGCGACACACUUAGAAUAUGAACUAAUGCAAGGAGACGUGUUUUUUUAUCAUCUUCAUCUUUUAAUUUUGUUGUUAGGGUGCUGCUGGUGAGCCUGGAGUACCUGGUGACCGCGGAAACCCGGUAAAUAGAGAUUAUUCCAUGGAAAAUGUGCACGAACUAUUUUAAUUCACGAGUUGCGAAGCAUAAAAAACGAACGAGUGAGCGCAGCAAACGAGUGAGUUUUUGAUGCAUUGCAACCAGUGAAUAAAAAUUGUUCAAGCACUUUCCAUGGUAUGGUACUUUUAUUUCAUACAUACUGAGAUUUUUUCACAUUUCAAAUAUUGGAAGCGAACGACUGUGAAAAUACACCGUUCGUCCAACCAGAGACACGAGCGAUAGUACUUCAUAGUGUAAAUCUCAGUAUCUGUUAAAUAAGUAGUAUUACAGGAUUAUGAAGUUACUUAAAAACAGCCUCGAGUGAAUAAAAUCACACAGGGGCAACAAGUUAUGUUAAUAAACGUAUAUGAUUCGAGGAUUUACGGUGCUGUAAAAAGUGACUGGGAAAAUCUUAAGGAAGCUCUGUCACAUUAAUUUGAGUCAGUUUCUUUAACUUGCAAAUUCAAGCGUAAUUUCACUUGACCUGAAAGCUUCAAGAAAUGCCGGAAACUUUUGCAAAGCAUGUGUCUUGUCUAUAGCUUGACAUCUUUGUCUUAAUGAAACAGGGACCUCCGGGACCUCAAGGGGACCGAGGACAGGCAGGACCUCGUGGAUCGAUGGUAAGCCGUGUUUUGUUCACGUGAUUCAUCAUAGGGCACUUAGAGUAUAGAGUAAUUUGAAAAUAUGUUUUUCAUAUCAGGGUAUUCCAGGAAAAGCGGGCCUUCCAGGAUUUCCUGGACCUCGUGGAGAAACGGUGAGAUCCAAGUUUUGAUAGAGACUUUUAGUUUAUCUUGAUCUUUCGUUCAAACUUUUAGUUCUCGCGAUGUUUUUGAUAAUCUUUGGAUUGAGUGCGUUUCUGUCGUGGGUUAUAGGGACCUCAAGGAAAAAUAGGGCCGCCAGGAUCCCCCGGAAUACCAGGUGGACGGGUAAGUUAUUUUUAACAUGUCCCGAUGACAAAGAGGAUCGAAAGAAAAUUAUCGGUUUAAUUUAAUCAUGGCGAGGAUUCCUUUCCUGUUAUCACUUGACGAUUUUUUUAGAGUAGAUUAUUGUCAAUUUUGAAGUAUAUUAAUGUUAUAAUUAAUCCAGUAUAUAGGCAUCACUUUAGAUAACAAUUAAAAUAGAAAAAGUCUUCAGUUUCCCAGGAGCCGCUGAAUGUCAAACCGAGAAUUAGUCAAGAAUUAUUUGUGUACUUCAGCGAGAAGAGAAAGACCUGGAAAAUUGGAGUCAAGUGGUUAAAAAGAGAAUCUUUAGGAAUCUGUUUCUGUAAACUGUUUGAUAUGAAGUAGGCUCAUCGAAGUUGUCUAGCUUUUAAACUCUUGUCAAAUACAUAACCAUGCAGCAAUAGUAAUCCGACCAUGCCAGGUAAGAAUCCGUUGGACAUUCGUUAAAAAACCGUUGUGAGUCUUCAACUCACCGCUGUCUAUUUAGACUCAUUUUUAACAUCCUCUUAUUGAUUUAGGGUCCUGCAGGUGAAAGGGGAAGCUCAGGACCUAAAGGAGAACGUGGCCGACCGGUGAGAACACAAUAACGCACUACCCCUCUGCCCGUGUUUGUUAUGAUCCAAGAAGAGACAUGAUGAAAGCUGUGUGGAUUCACGCACUACUCUCGAUAAUAUCGUUAUUUUUGUCGUAUCUAGGGACCCCAAGGAUCCACAGGAGACCCAGGGGAGCCUGGCAAGGAUGGUUCAAAGGUGCAUAACAGUUCUUUUUUUAACCUUCUAAUCUUUGAGGGUUGACGGAUUUAUUUUUUUUUUUCAGAAACGCCUGCAAGUGGUAUUAAGUAACCCUUUGGCUUUGUUCUGCCGUUUGAGAUCUGCGUUUUCCUUUUUUUCGGAUGAAACGAGCUAUGUUGCAUAAAACGUAAAUCACGCUUUCUUUUCUAUUUAUCUCGUUCUGUAUUUUUCCUUAUCAGGGAGAGCCUGGUAAAUCAGGCGCGGACGGUAAGGACGGUGCACAGGUGAGAGCUGAAAUUUUCAAGUUCUCAGUUCUGGAGUAGAAGAGAAACAUGAUGGUCUUUUCCUUUCCAUUAAGAUCCCGCUACUCUGGGAGGUGAAAUGCUAACACUCAAACAAUUGAUUUUGCAAUUUUUCUUUGGAUCUGAGCAUUUUUCUUGAUUCUUUAUAUUUAGGGUCAGCCAGGAACACCAGGGCCGAAAGGUGCCAUGGGACCGCCAGUAAGAAACAAGUUUCUAAAGAGAUUGUCUAUUUGUUAAUUAUCAUAAGUGUUUUAGUUUUUGAAAGUUGAUUGGGAAUGAUUCUUGAAAUUAAGCCUGAAACCCAUAAGAGUGACUAGUGUCACCACUGAUUAUGAGACUGAAAGGAAAUGAUCUCCAACUGAAGAAAUUCUUUCAGUAUUUUUCCUUGUUAGUACCUAAGGAAAUGUAAAGAGAACAGUAUGGAAAAUAUGCAUACUGAUGUAAGGGAACAAGCCACCUUAAGAUUAUGAUUUCUAAGGGUCAUUUGGUUGUUUCCUCAGGGACCCGCUGGACUCAAAGGAGUAGAAGGACCAAUCGGUCCGCCAGGAGCACAGGUAAAGCGAUGAGUAUUGGUCAGAGUUUCAUUUUUUUUCCUUAUUACAUCCACCAGCAGUGCAAUUAAAUCGUCCAUAUUUUUUCAGGGGCCUCAAGGAAUGCGCGGACCACCCGGACAACCUGGACCCCAGGGUUCUAUAGUGAGUUCCGCAAACAUAUUUUUAAGCAUUUUCAAUGCGUUCUCCAUUAUUAUUCGAGCUACAGAUUAUUUUCAUUUUUGAUCUUGUAAGAGAACAUCCUCUACAUCCACUUUUAUAAUUUUGGAUAGAUGUACUUCGUAUGUGUAAUUACAUGAUUUCGAGUGCAAUUUGCGAUAAAUAAGCGCGAUUAAGUUUUUCAAAUGCGAACAAAAUUGCAUGACACCGUGGGUCGAGUCCAAUUUGUAGUCUUUGAAAAAAUUUACGAGUUUACGAGUUUGUUUUCCUCUUUAGUUGAUUUUACCUUGUGACAUAGUUCACUGGUUCGCCCGCUUGCCUUUGCCUUGUUGCCCGAGCAGUCGGACUUCCUCCACUCUCUUUCUCUGUUAGGUAUCGGCCUACGGCAGUAAACUGUGCACGAAAGCUAUCACGCUCGUAUUCUUGCCGGUUUUUCUUCCGAACUGUCACCUAAAACUCCUCGUGAAGUUUGUUCAGAGCCUCCGAUUCACACUUUACAAUUCUCAAGACUUCCAGACUUUAAGACAUAUGUUUGCGCUUUUUGAUGAUUUUGUUUUAAAAAUUCACCCUCAAACUCGGAAUUAAAACGUUUUACUUUCCAUUUAUCUGUUCGCCAUUUUGGUUUGUUGGUCUUUCGCGACUCUCCUGUCAAUAUAUUUAAUUUCAACUUUCUGCACUGUUUGAGAUUGAAUAAAAAUUUAUGCGUGCAUUUCAUUAUGAAAUCAAUGGAACUCUAACAAUGAUUAUCAAUCACGUGUCUUCUCGCAGGGGAGGCCAGGUCGCCAAGGACCUCAAGGACCAGCUGGAGAGAAAGGCAGUAGGGUGAGUGCACGUGCGUAGCACUCAAUUUCAAUUCUCUCUUCUAAAUAUCAAGUUAAUUGCGCAUGUCCUGAGUAACUGGUGUUUGACGAGUUCGCGAGUCAUACUCGCGCGUGACUUCUGGCAUGGCAAACUAUUAGUUAUUUAAAAUUUGAAGCUUUCGCAUGUUAUCCUGUUAGGGAGAAGAAGGAGCUCGUGGAGAGCCUGGACCCGAGGGGAAAGCUGGACUUCCGGUAUGUAACGUUGACAUGUUUCUGAUCAAUAAUGAUAUGCUGAUGGAUGUUUCAUAAAAAAUAGUUUUAGUUGUUAGGUAGAAAGAAAUAUUGUUCAGUAGUUCUUUCAUCAUUUGUACACAGUCCCUAUGAGUUACUAAAACUUGCCUCUCGUUACAGUAAGGCUACUGGUGAACGUUUUUGCUACAAACUGGACGCGUACCUGAUUGUAUUGAACUGCAUGAAUUGAUGCCGUUAGGGACUUUGCUUUAACCGUCUGCCAGCAAACACUUGACUGCGAGUAACUAAUUAUUUUCUUGUUUAGGGUAAACCUGGUGAGGAAGGACCAGCAGGCCCCCCUGGAGAGGAGGGUGAGAAGGUACGGGAAAUGUUUACCUUUCUAUUUCAAGAACUGCAUUUAAGGUGAUUCCUAAGUUUUGCACCGCGCAUCCUGUAUUGCGCAUUAAAAUCACGUAAUUAGGGGAAUGAGCGUGCGUGUAUUCUGAGAAUACAGUGUUGUUUUCAAUCCAUGGACCAAGUAAAGAGGUACGAUGAUCUUUCGCUCUUUAACGAGCACGGUGACCUAUAUUUUUUUCAUUGCAUGAUUUUGGUGAACAAAUUAUCCCUUUUAAAUUGGGGAAAUUAAGGAAAAAUUCUUCGAAGGGAAAAAAAGAUAAAGCUAAAAGCGUGCACGAAACCCAUUACUCGAGGAUGCAAAUUAUGACCUUUAAAGGAACCACUCGAUGAACGUUUUGAGUCGAUUUCGUUUAAAUUUGCGUGAUUUUCCCACAAAUUAUAUAUCAAAUUGUUCCAUACGCUCCAGACUUUCUACCUAUUUAGUUUUUUUCAAGUGUUACUUUAAAAACCCUUGCUUCUAGCUGCAGCAAAAUGUAACGUGAACCGAUGAAAUGACGCGCGUGAUUAGUGCCAGAACAGGCAUAAAUGGUGUAAGUUUGGCCCUAUCAUAUGUCUUAAACAAGCACGACGACUCAUUUUUUUUAUUGUAUUUUCCUGGUAUGCGUGUUAGGCUUUUUCGAAAUAAAGGUUUGAAUGAAAAUGUGGUUUCUCUUUUUCAUUUUUUAAGCUGGUCUUCUAGUAGGACAGACCUGUUACAAAUUAUUCGUUUAUUCACGGACACGAGUUUUGAAUUUUUUUUCCCUUCAGGGUGACCAAGGAACGUCAGGCAUAUCAGGGAAGAAAGGAGGACAAGGACCAAAGGUCAUUUAUGACGUGUUUAAUAAAAUCGAACGUAAACCGCUUUUCGUUUAAGUGAGGUGAAAUCAAAACCAAACUGACUGAUCACAGCGCCUAUUAGCCUUUUAACUCCUGUGGGUGACCAAGACAGAGUUUCUCCUUACAAUAUCAAUGCAAUAUCAUGCAGACAAGUGAUGAGAAUAAUGAAAUUAUCAGGGGAUUAAUAGUUGAUCCAGUGCCAAAUUCUCCGAACGGAUUUCAUUAGAAUUGUAAGGCAGACAUUAAGAAGAAUUACAAAAGAGAUCUCGGGAAUGAAACGGUUGAUGUUCAUGGCUUCGAGAGGUCAACUCAACAGUACCGUUUUUCACUAUCAACAAUAAAAGUUAAUCAGGGUGAACGGCAAAGUUUUUAUUUCAUCUAAAGAAUGUAGACAUUAUUUGGAACUCAGUACGAUUCAUAUACUCUCGAAUUUGCGCCCGAAGCGUUUUUCAAAAUUAGGUUUGGACAGUAAUAUUCCGAAUCGCGGGUGAGAAUUUACAACAUUCACUGUGUACUGAUUAAUGCGGAAGCUAAUCUUUAAGCUUCAAGUGCGCCUUAAGUGGUUAUUUGCCAAACCCAUCAACUGAUUUUACCUUACCUUUUCAGGGACCUCCAGGCCCCGCCGGACAAACUGGCCCACCGGGAAAAACUGGACCGCCUGUAAGUACCACAAACUGAGCAGAGAGCUUAAAGGCACUGUGCUACGAGUUUUGAAGUAUGGAACGCAUUUCGAUUGAGCGUCAUUACACAAAAACCAAUGAAUUCAAAAGAGCCAAUCAGAGCAAAGGAAAGUAUCACAAGAAGCCAAUGAUAACUCAAAGUUAAAACAAGCAAACAGCCUAAAGCGCGGGAAAACGCGAGUGACCAAGUCAAGUAAAACCAAAGCAAUCCCCGAUUACUUUCGGGAUUGAAAAUUUCUCUGUGUUGUAAGAAAUUGGUUCUGUGAGAUGGGAGAACCUUACAAUAGUAAGAAUGAGGAUAGCAGUAACAAAAAUAACGACAGAUAAAGAUGAUUACAACAGGUUGGAAAAUACGACUUUUGAGGUAUUUGAGGUCACCUUUUGAAAUAUACACAACAGAUUUCAAGCGGUUUGUUUUUUAUCUGUUGAAAUUUUUCUCCAUUUUCGUGCGUUCUCCAUUCUAUUUUCAUUUUGGUUCAGUGGUACCUUUUUGAAAAAAUUGUAUAUAAUAUGUUUCGCGACUUGUCUACCAUGUCUCUCACCUUUGCAAUUUAAACCGGUGCGGUUCGUUAAUCAAGGAUCGCUGUAAAUUAUAAUAUCACUGUAACUUUUUGAUGACUUUGCGAUGUUGUUAAUCACUUAUGCUUCAAUUUCUAAGUCACUUUUUUUUGUCCAUAGGGCCCACCCGGUGAGAUUGGACCCCAAGGGGCCACUGGUCCAAGGGGUGAGAAAGGGAGCGACGGAGGACGCGGACCACCCGGGCCUAGUGGAUCUCCGGGAGUUCCGGUAGGAAACAAAUCUUUGACUUCUCUUAGCGCCAGAGCUAAGGGUGAAAUAGCAGUUAAAAUUCAACGCCGUGAAAACGUUGUGGGUGUUUUUUCAUGCAUCAUGAUGUAAGGUAUUGAAUGAUUUUUAUUCCUACUUCGAAGGGCGUUCCUGGACCCAGAGGACUGAAAGGUGAAAGAGGACCCGGUGGUCCACAGGUAUGUUCAAAAAUUGUUGUCUCAGUCGUACGCGGAAGGGAUUGUUGUGGAUCACGUGUUUUUAAUUUCUAUAGUUUCGGUUGCGCAUGCGUUUAAAGAACUUUCUAAUUGAGUGUUGUAAACUCAGACUGUCGCAAACGGUACAGCCAAUCCAAACAAAACCGGAAAUGAGAAGCAACGAGAAUGAGAACUCGAAGUAAGUACAUGUAACCGACUUCAAGCGCGAGGAAACGUGGCUAAUCAGGUCGCGAUUGUGUUAAGUAACACAUCUGAUUGGUUGAGAACAUGGCGCGAAUUUUCUAUGCCAAUCACAUGGUAAAGUGAAGCUCAAAGCAACACAAUCUUGGGUUAAUUUUUUACAACUUUCAAUUAAAUAUGUGUGAGAAAUCAGUUAGCUUUUCUUAAAUCUGUUGUCUGUCAAAGGAGCGCCUUAAUCGAUAAUUACAACGAUAAUGCAACUUAUAAUUCAAUUAACACAUAAGAUUUGAGUUGUGUUGACGUUAGAGUAAGAGAUUCUGUGGCGCAAAUUUCAUUUUUUUGUGUCAAGUUAUGACCAAGUACUUUGACUAGGAUGUGCUCUCCUCUUUCCUAAUGUUGUCUCAGUUGUCAGCAAAGCAAAAAAGGCUUACUUUGCGCUACAUACCUUAACAAGUAAUAUUUUGUUUAGAAAAACUGGCUUCUCAAUCACUUAAAUAUUUUCCACCAUAAAGGGACCUGAUGGAUUAUUACUUUAUUUACAUCAUGGUGCCGCGAUAGUUUCAUCAUUGCGAUGUAACUCAUUCUAAAUUUAGAUUUUGAAAAGUUUGUUACAUUGUUUGAUGUCAUUAUUUCGUUGUUCUCAUAGGGAUCUACAGGAUUACCAGGUCCUCGCGGCCCACCAGGACCGGCGGGAGCUAAGGUUAGUGACAUCAUUAAAGAUAUCAUCCAUACGUCAGGUUUAUGUGGCCAAAAACUGUUACUUGUCCCAGUGUUUCAAUGGUAACUCAUUGAAUAAGAGUGCGUUUGAGACAAUGAAAACGUAACGACUUUGAACUCCACAGGGAGACCAAGGUGAACCUGGUGAAACCGGUACUGAUGGGCGACCUGGAGAGAAGGUGAGUGGCUUCAUUAUCAUCCCUUAAAAUGAAUACUCUUUUCUGUUGGAUCUCUUUCUGCAUUACAUUUUUGGUAUUUGAGAUAACUUGAAUAGAAUGUUAUAUGCUGUUCUAGAAGUGAAUUUGGUUUCAUAGGGAGAUCAAGGGCCGAAAGGUGACGCAGGCGCCCCAGGGCAGCAAGGCCCACCGGUAAGCUUUUAAUUUUAUCUGUUUUCGUUUUGAUAUGUUUAAGAAACAAUAAACCUCGUUUAGCCUGUUGCAGCUUACGUUCUCACGUGAAUGCAAUAAACUAUCGAAUGUCUUAGAGCCCGGUAGGUAAAUAAAAAUGCUCAUAUACGUAUCAAGGACGGGGACUAGGAAGGCUGUAAAGGAAAUUGUUUGAGGUUUUUAAAACCCUUUACACCCUGACAAUGCAACGUCGUCGCUUUUCACCACUAGCUAGGUAUGUUAAUUCCUGGUUAUUACACCACGUGAAUUUCUUUUACAGGGCCGAGCUGGUCAAGCGGGAUCAAAAGGCGACCGAGGGGACCCCGGUCCGCAGGUAUGUUCAGAUUGUGCAAAUUUCUUUUUUUCUCCUUUUCAUAAGUUUCUCAAAACAGUGUAGUCGAUCAGGGCUGCAUUAUAAAAAUUAUUGAACAAGACGUUUUCCGUAAAGUAGAAGAGGAAGCCAAGCAACUGAGCAACUUUUUCUCUGGUUGAGCUGCAUUCCUUUUCGUGUACUCGAGAAUUAAACUCAUGAAGCAGUAUGGUUAGAGCAGUUUCAACAUAUUUUUUUUGUGUAAGAGUUGAUGUAAUAAUGCUGAAAACCAGAGAAACGCGCUCCAGCCGGAGGCGAAGCUUUGGAGAUGUAAGAACAUGACCUUUGGUUGGUGAACACCGGGAACCCUCUAGAGGACUUGAAAUUUGUGUUAUAUACUUUAAUUGCGUUGCUUUCUCUGCUAGGGUCCCCCAGGACCACGAGGUCCCGCCGGCGCACCAGGACUCAAAGGACCAGUGGUGAGCAUUUUUGAAAUGUUGUGUAUAAUCAAGGCUAUAUAAUACUGAGCUCUAAAUUCUGGGUCAUGAUUUUAGGGUGCAUCUGGACCCCCAGGACCUCAGGGCCCACCAGGGCCACAAGGUACUAAGGUAAGACUUUGGAACUGGCGUGAUGUGGAGUUCUUGAUAUUGUGUAAACCAUUUUCAGACAAUCAACACUCUGUGAGGUGCGUUUAUAUGCAACAUGUUUAUGUACCUGCACUUUAACCCUACUCACGGAGAGAACCGUUAUGAAGAAUUACAGAAUGUAUUUGUUCAUGUAAAUGAGAGAGUUCCAAUUUUUUUUUGUUUUCGUUUUUUUUUCUUUUAAAAGGGAGGUCCUGGUGCAGAGGGAAAGGACGGACAGCCAGGUCCCCCAGGAGCAAGAGUAAGUUUUCGUUUGAUGGAAGAUAUGAUUGUUUCAUUUUUCUGGAACUUGUUGGAUUUUUAAUGAGACGUCGUGGCAUCAACUUUUAAACUUUUAAAGAUAUUUUCCUUGACAUGAAACAAUUUAGUCAUUUUUUAUGAUGGGUUGUUAUAAAUUUCAUGAACACCAGAAUAUAUUCGAAAUGUAAUUUUUUUUAUGACCAAUCACUUUAGAGAUCUGGAAAUGUUAACAAAAAACACACACACAAAUCCACAAGCUUAUUGGCGUACCUGCGCAUGCGUACAGUUAUGAUUUCUCACGCCUAAUUAGCUUUAUUUCCUUGACACGAUUACAUUUUUUUCUCGAUUUUAAACCUUAUUUUUGAGUCUUGCGGUAGAAAAAAAAAUGAGCUUUUGGUAUAUUUUAUUGUUUCACUUUCUACCCAGGGUCCUCCAGGCGCCAGGGGAGAUGAUGGAAACCCCGGCAGUCCGGGUGAGCCGGUAAGUAAAGCUGUGUUGAUGACACAAGUAGUUACUUAGUCUCAUUCUGUCGCACGUUGUCGUUGCAGGGAGAGCCUGGGUCUCGUGGAGUCAGUGGAUCUGAUGGCGAUCCUGGUGACAAGGUAAAUACAUCAUCUACUUUAUGUAGGCCGCAUUGAAUUCAAGGGCUGGCAAAGUCUAAUUUCUUUUGAUUUUCGUAUGAAGUUGUUCUUUGUCAGUGAUGCAUGCUCCCUUUGUUGUCAUGUUUAUCAUAACGUUUUUUUUUCUUUCUUUAGGGUGACACUGGUCCACUGGGUCCCCCAGGGGUGGCAGGUCCUCCUGGCCCUCCGGUAAGAAUUACUUCUACGCAGCCUAAAUUCAAAUUAGUGGGACUGCAGCUCGCAGUAAAGUUGUUUAAAAGAACAGCAAUCGUAUUGUUGCGAGAAUGAAAGAGGAUGGGGUGUCCACUCUGCUGGCGAGUGAAAUGAAUCUCAAAAGAUUCCUUCUCCGCUCCCACUCCCCCCAAUUACUCACGGGCUGCGUGCGCAUCACCCCUGCUUCUUCAUCUGCAUUGGUGAAAUAGAGAGGUGGUUCGCAUUCUUUGUUUGGUAAAAAAAAGGAAAAUAAAAAAGGUGCAACAGCAAAAUAUGAUACUCUUGGUUUCUUCUCGUUUGAGAUGAUACUUGCGUGUGAAAAUAUCUGGACCUCAUCUUGAUCCAUAAAAACGUCAACGACAGAAAAAAAGAUCUCGGUCAUUAUACAGAGUUUUAUUCUUCAUCCUUGCUCAGUAAUGGAAGUGUCCCAAUGCAGAAGGUCCAUUUUGGUUGUUUGGUACCAGAAGCAAAAAAGAGGCGAAGAAUUAACAGAGUGUGGAAUAUUUCUGCUAUUUUCACUUUUCACCUUUCAGGAGAAAAUAUCAUUAGGUAGCCUCGAGGUGAAAAGAACUAAGAAUAAUCAGUGUGUAUCUAUACCAUACUUAACGUUUGGUCAGCUUGUCUUACUUAAUUACCCUGAUGAUCAAACACUAAUCAUUAUGGAUGUCGAUUUCAGGGACCAAGAGGGGACAGGGGACCGGUCGGCGAAAGAGGAACCCCCGGUUCUCCGGUAAGUGGAGUAAUCCCGUCAUCGGUCUUAAUCAGUACAAUUGCAAACUUAAGAAGGGUUGAAUCCUGCAACUCGCAUUUGCCUUCUUCAAAUAUUCAGUUUUUCCUGAGUACCAUACUUGAUGUAUAAUUGCCACGCCUCUGGAGGAGAUCUAAAGUGUAAGCUUUCGUUCUGAAAGCACGUUUGAUAUUGCCCUGGGUAAUACGGUUAUGAUUUUUAUUAUUAUUAUAAUUAUGUUAGGGUGAUCCAGGACCGCAAGGAUUGCCGGGACUUCAAGGACCGCGCGGAAACACUGUAAGUAUCUACCAUAAUAAGCUGCGAAAUGAGGGAAAUAGAGGAAAAGAAGAAUGAACUUAAAUUUGCCUCGCUCUCAACAUGUGGCUUCAUAGUUCAGUUGGUAGCGGCGCUCAACUAGUAUUUAAAAGCCACCAGUUCGAAACCAGUGGAAGCCUAAAUUUUUCCAGGUUCCUCUUUUUGCAGUUGUUUAGUUGAGGCUUAGAUCAUUUAUUUACUUCGUGUAGUGUACAGCAUAAGACAGCUCUGGUGACAAUUCUUGUAAAGUGAGCUAACGAGAAAUUCACUGACGCCAGCUAAAGCAAAUAUCACAAUAUCACAAUGGACCAAUAACAGCUUGAGGUAGAAACGUGCUUCGAGUUGAUUGAAGCGCGAGCUAACGCGCAACAGCAUGCUUGUGAUGGGCUCAUUCACUUUUACUAAUGUUCGCUUUAGCCAAUAGGGUGUCUUAUGGCAUUGUUUAUGGCCCGUGGAAGAUAUCAUCCUUGCAAAUACAUGGAAACCCAAUGCAGAUAGGCAACUGCUUUUUAAAAUACUUGGGCUGGAUUAUUCGAAAGAGACUUUCACAAAGUCAGGAUUAAACAUUCAACUAGGUUUUAAUUCCUCUGCUACAAAAGUGUGUACAAUGCCGACUUUCUAGGUGGUUUAAUUCAUUGUGAGACAAAACUUACGUGCUCAUGAGCACGAAGCCUCUCUGCCAAGUCAUAAAACUAAACGAAUAAUUUAGCACGUGCCUGUGUUAGAUUAAUCAUGAUUGAAACAACCCAGCCGUGUCGCUUCGGUGCUGGGAGGCUUGUUUUCCGAUGUCUUCAACGAUAUAUUUUACUAUUAGGGUCCAAAAGGAGAGAAAGGAUUGCAAGGAUCCCAGGGAGAAAAAGGAGACAAGGUAAGGAAAGAAAAAUUGAAAAUAAAGCAAAACGCAAUAGUUCCUUUUGAAAGAAAAACCUGCAGAUAGAGUUAAACUCUCAGUGACUUACGCUGGUAUAUUAUUACAAUGGAGACAAGACAAAAAUAGCAUCGUUUUUUUACAUCAAAUCUAUUAACUUAACUCAGGUCAAGCAACUAUUGGUUGCACAGAUUUCAGCCUAGAUAAAUCACCACAUUGAAAUUAAGUAAUGAAAAUGAUAACACCUUAAUUAUGAUAAUAAUGAUACUUAAUAUAUGUAGCGCUAUUUCUAUUGCUAUCCAAGUGAUUUUAAAAUAUCUCACGUAGAAAUGUCUAAAACAUGAAUAAGAAAAACUAACUAAUAAAAUGACUAAGCUGUCAAAAUCAGAAUAAAAACUAAGAAUAAUAAAACCAUGCAAAUAAAAACUUACUAGCUACCUAAAUAACUUAUUAACUGACUAACCAGUGAUAAGUUAUCUAGUAAAAAGCUUUCUUAAAAAAACUUUCCCUAAAGCUUUUCCCAAAAAAGCUUUCCUAAUGGUGGGUAAGAAAGUGUAACCCAAAUAGCUAAGUUAAUCUAGUGUAUGAUCCUGAUGAAUUCUCUUACCAGGCAAGUGUGUGAGACAAGGUCACAUCUGAUAGAGUAUAAUAGGAAAGAUAAUUACAAGUGAUGAAUAGUAUCUUUGUAUAAGAUCCGAUACGUGUAAUACCCCAUUUACACCAAAGCUUGAACAUGUCUUAAAGUUGUUUUGUCAAACACAGUGUAAGUUUUUUUUGCUUCAUAGAAGCUGGUUAACCUAAUAUUUAUUGAAUUAAAAUGUAGCGCACCGGAAAAAAAGUUAGCAAGUAUUUGAAUCCUAAACGGUUAAGAAUAUAUGAAAGUCAUAUAUUUGAACUGCGGAUAAAGAUGUGAAUGAAAGUGAUCCUCGCAGUAAUGUGUACUACUUAGGCAGUAGUGAAAAUAAGGCCUGAAAAAAAAUUCAGGCCUGUACGGGAUUUGAACCCAUGACCUCUGCGAUACCGAAUCCUAUGUAAAAUUCAGUGUUUGAGUUUUCUAUUUAUGAUUUUCACUCAGUAAAAACUAGUUUAACAAAACUGGUUUUGGUGGUGUAAGCGAUACAGUUAACCUUUACUUGUUGUCUACUUUAGGGAUGGCCUGGUUUCUUCGGUCCUACGGGAGUUGCUGGCCCAUCUGGUGAUAAGGUGUGUAAAACUAAUGAAGGGGGUUACUUUCUGAAGAAACUGUGGUGCUUCAUCAGUAGGAGGUGCUACAUGAUAAUUUGGUUUUCAUAACCAAAAUUAGCCAACGUAAAGAGUAUCUAAAGCUGACGUUUCGACCGCGAGCCCCUCGUCAGAGUGAAUGAAACUAAGUUCAUCAACUUAUGACAGGUCCCCACGGUGGAAAUGCUAAUGCUAUUAGAUUGUCACUCAACAUAUACACAAAUGCUGGGGGAAUACAAUUGAAUCACGCACACGUUUUUGAGAUUCUUUAGUUUCUAUAACAACAUUUAACAUGUUAACUGUUUCUCUCCUAGGGUGACAUUGGUCCUCCCGGACCCCAGGGUUUCCCAGGACCCAAAGGUGACAGAGUGAGUAUCAAAACAAAGUGAAUUUCACUUGACCAGUACAUUUAAGCUGUAAACAGGCUUUGCCACUUAGUACUUUUGCUUUUUACUGAAUUUUUGGUUGGUUUUUUUUUACGUAAUUUGGGUUUUUUUUGUUUAUUUUUGUGUUGUGUUUUAUUUGUCUGUACCUUUCCUAGGGUGACAUUUUGGUUUUGUACUUUAUCUAUCUAACGCUGCAGUUUUGUUGGAUAAUCAUAAAAUUGAAUCAGCCAUAUACAACAUAAUAGGCAAUGCCUAUCGCAGGGAGCAAUUUGCCUGCACCAUCCGCUUCUUCUUGAUAUCAGUAUCCUGCAGACAUUGUUGAGCCAACCCCGUAACCCCCGGGACAAAAUGUUUUGGACAUUAUACCCCCUCCUACCCAAACAUUUUUAUUUCUCGUUAAUGUAGCUCCACGCACGUUUUCCAAUAUGUCGACUCACAGAAACUAUUUCAUGUGAAACUGCUGCCAAAACUGUUAUAUAUAUAUAUUUAUAUAUAUAUAUUCUAAUUUACGCGGCCUUAAACUGGGUUGAGUUUCAUCAACUAAAUGUUGUGACUUACUGGGUUGUCUUUAUUUUAAUGGCGUCUUUAUUCUGUCCCAGGGUGAGGACGGGGACGACGGACCUGCCGGACCACCAGGGCCGUCAGGGCCUAGGGUGAGUAAUGGUUAUUUUUAGAGUAGAUUCUAAUUACUGUAUGGUUUGAUGAAACUCAUGUAUAGGUCCGCAAUGGUAUUUUUGAUGUUUUGCGAUUAUAAAGUACAGUGUGGACUUACCGGGUAACUAAGACAACUACUGUCAUUCAGACCAAUAAACGACACGAUCAACAGUUCCUCUAGGUUCAAACUAUUUGUGGCUCCCGCUUACAGUGUUGCGUUACUUUGUGCGGUAAUUCGCGCCACAUACAUUGCGUUACAUAAGUCUAUUCGUUGCUAGGUUUUGACUGACAGUCAUAUACGUUGCUAUGGGCCACGUGCACCCAGAUCAGAUGAGUUUGGAGGGGUUGUUUUUGCGAGUUUGUGUCGAGCAAGAAAAUUCUGUCUUUCGGUAAAGACAAGUACAAUUUACGAACCAGAAAGUGUGUUAUGGUCGCCACAGCGACACUAUUUAUUGUUUAUUUAGAGAAAAUUACUCAGAACUGUUUUUACUUUAUUUGUAGGGAAGCACUGGUCUACAGGUUUGAAAAUUGUUUACUUCUGUUGUCUUGUUGUGAAACUUAUUUUUCGCUGUUUUUGCCCCAUCCUUUUUCGUCUCAACUUUGCUUAGUGCUGACGUUUGUUUCAUUUCUGUUUCAACAGGGUGCCAAGGGAGACAGAGUAAGUACAAAAAAUGAAUCCUUAACCCUUUGGCCCUCAAGAAUGACCAGCAUCUAAUUUCUCCCUACUGUAUCAGCCAUGAAUCACACAUUAAGGUCAUGAGAAUAAAGGAAAUGAUCAACAAUGAAAGAGGCUAUUGAUUGUUAGAGAAAUUCUCCUCGUCAGCACCUUUGGAAAAGUAUAGAGAACAGUAUAGAGAAUAUCCAUGUUGAUGUUAGGAUAUAAAGAGAGGUCCGAGUUCCAGCUCAGGGUGGGCUUAUUGUGUUGUGGGAAGGGGUGCGAGGCUUGGCAAGCAUCUCAUGCAGAGGGAGUAGCAAUAAUCCCUAUCUUAAGCGUUGUGGUUCACAUGUCCCUAGAUAAAGACUUUAGUGUUCUAUGGCAAGCGACUGGCUUUUAGAAGAACUGUUUCAUUUUCCAACUUUCUUCUUCAACUAGCCCUGUUCGAUAAGCCAUGUAAAAAAAAGUUAUAUUGGUAAUGCCCCUUUGAAAAGUCUAUUACCACUAGUUAAAAAGACAUCUUGGUAAAACGUUGCAAAAGUACUUUUGUUUUUCUUUGUUCAUAUCGUUGUCCUAUGCUUGAAAAACAAAUUUAUAUUCAUACUGUUAAGACGUCGGUAGGCUUACUUGUCUCAAACGCGUUUUAAUGUUUGUUCUCUUCCUCUUCUCUUCAGGGACCACAAGGAGAAAGGGUAGGUUUUGAAAAGAGUUGUUGUGUGUGCCCGGCUAGAUCAUCAUGUGAUUACAACAACUGUAAUAUUUUUUCUCCUGGAUUGUCACGAUUAUUUGUUUGUAUUUUUGUUUUCAUGUCUCUGACCGGGGUUUGUCUUGCUUUUAUUUCAGGGUGACCAAGGCACUCAAGUAAGUAAUUUUAUAAGUUGAGCUCUGACAGAUUGUGCGAUCAAUUUACAGUUGAGUUUUGAAAAUAAUCUGUGUAAGGGUUAGGUGGUUUUACUUCACGCUGUGAUCAGUUUAACCCUUUAAACCCCAAGAAUGACCAGCAUCUAAUUUCUCCAUACAGUAAUGCUGCUGAAUCAUUCAUUACUGAGCACUGUGAGAAUUAAAGAAGUGAUCACCAACCUAAGAAGCUUUGAUUGUUAAACAAAUUCUCCUUGUCAGUACCAAAGGAAAUGUGUGGAGAAUGUAGAUAUUGAUGGAAAGGUGUAAGGGGUUAAGAAAACUGGCACCAUGUUAAUUUUAAGUAUGAAGGCUUUUGGUUGAGGCAGUCUCUCUCUUUUUUAUCAUCCGAUUGUUUUAGCAUAAUCUCUGCUAUCUCUCGCUCCCCUGCUCCAUUUCCUUCUUGGUCCUUCUCUUCUUCUUUUCUCUUUUCUAUUUCCUUUUCUCAUAAUUUUUUUUUCCAUUUAUUUUUCUUUAGGGACCACAAGGCCCACCGGUAAGAAGUAAACUAUUUGUUAAUCAAACAUUUAUAAUUAACGUGCAAUUUCUCCCCGCUGAUUUAAUGAGAGCUUUUUCCUUGAAGGAAAACGCCCCACCUCCCAUCAAUUAAAUGAAGAAGUGCACGCAAUAAGGUUGCGUAUUGCACGUUGCGCAACACCAAGGAUUGACCUUUAAAUAAAGACCUUUUGCAGCCAUUCGGUGCACAGUACAUCCAAUGUUCUCUUCAGCUUACAGAAAAAGUGCCUAUUUGAUUACUUGUGUCGAAUAAUUGACGACAACUUUCUGAAUUCCUUUCUGUGAAAUUGUUUUUCAGGGACCUCCAGGAGACAUCGUAAGUAGAGAAAUGUUAUCACCUUCUUAAUUAAAGGUUUUCGACUCACCAUUUUGCGAAAUUAUAUGUGUACAGACGUUCACAUGGCCUUAAGGGAAUCAUUCUCCACCCACUCUCCCCAACCCCCUUCCCCCCUCUCCUUCCCAUGUCAUAGAAUUAUGCGGUGUUGGCAAAUUAAAAUUAAAUUUCCUUGGCUCAUACCGCACGUGGCUACAGAGAACGUUUUAUGAUAACUAAGUGAGAGAUACUUGUCUUGGUGCUGGUGAUAAAUUGACUGCACAGGUCAAUAUGCGAUGAUAUUACAUUGCAGAAAACAAUUAUUUUCUGGUUCCCUUUAUUUCGGCUGAGGAAAUAAUUUUUCUCCUUGCAUUUAACAGUUUGAAUGUGCUGGAGCUCUUUCUCACUUAAACACGAAUAUUAGCCUCUUAGCCAACUUAUACAUGGUAGAAUCAAUCAGUUAAAGAUAAUGUUCUUUUCUGGGGUCGUGAAGCUAUACUUCGACUAAAUCAUUGUUCAGAUAAUGUUCACUCUUCUCUUUUUGCUUUUGUUAGAGUUCAUUCCUAAGCAGUGGCUACUUUGUGCCCGGCGGCAUAGAAGUUGGUGCGGACAAAGGUAACACCAGAAAGAGAAGAGCUGUGGAUUCAACAGAUGACACAGACUCUCAGGGACUGAUCCAGUCGCUCAAGGAUGAAAUCGAGAGUAUUAAACGACCAAGCGGAACAAAAGCUAACCCUGCACGAAGUUGUAAAGAUCUGCACUUAUGUCAUGGCGACUUGAAAGACGGUAAGUGUUGUUGAAACCUCCAGUCGGGCGCCAUGGAUUUCCCAUGUACCUGGUAAGAGUCGAGGAGAAGAAGCUAAUGAAUCGAAAGGUUCGAGAGCUGUCUGGGCUAAGAAGACAUUCAACUCUCUUUAUCCACUUGAGAUUGACCCUUUACACCCUAACAUCAGUGUGCAUAUUCUCCAUACUGUUCUCUAUACAUUUCCCAAGGUGCUGACAAGGAGAAUUUGUUUUACAAUCAAGAGCUUCUUUAGUUGGUGAUCAUUUCCUUUAUUCUCGUUGUUUAAUUCAGGGGUGACAUUUUAUGGGGAAUUUAGAUGCCAGUCACUCUUAAGGGUUAAGAGGUUAAUACUCGGUAUUGGCGAACUGUCAAGGAAACUCAACUGUUGUUUGCGUGUGUGCUACUUGGUUUAGUCCAAGAGCACGCCUAGUUUUUCUCUCUAGAAACCGAGUUGAGCUUCUACUGUAAUUGGACUUUAGGCUCGUCAGAGUUUACCUUACCUGAACUAAAUCGACUUAUGCUUCCUUCUUUUCUUCAAUAAAAACACGUAGGUUUGUACUGGAUUGAUCCAAACCAUGGCUGUAUUGAAGAUGCUAUUCAAGUGCAUUGCAACUUUACUGCUGGCGGACAAACCUGUAUUUCUCCUGAUGUCAACACUAAGCGCGUAUGUACAACACCUUAAUUUAUCGUGCAAAAAUCCUUUGAAGAGCCCAUGUCUUUCCUCCGUCAGUGUCUUGUUUGUCGUAGUCUCCCUUGCUGCCUCUUUUGGCAAGAUGUCUGAGAACAAUUCUCAAGAAACGUUACGUAAAAUUCGACUUAGGAAGAGAAGAUUUUGUUAGGUUUCAUGUGGCCCGAUCUUCCUGUCUUUCUGUGACACCAUAAGUGAUUUUUUACUAAUUUUAUGACCUCACUUUAAGGCGAUAAAAUUGGAUGUGUUUUUUUCAUAUGUCAAAAAUGAACAGGCUGCUAACAAAAAGUGGAAGAAACUCACCGGAUCUGAGUGGUUUAGCGAAUAUGAAGAUGGUUAUGAGGUGACAUUUUUUCCUUCGUAUAUUUUCAUUUACUUAGCAUUCAUAAGUUUCUGAUUGUUAGUUGGUUUGGUUGUUUUCCAUUGCAUAAAAGUGAUUCUUUUAAUUAUAUCUUUUUUCCAGAUCUCGUAUACGGGUGUUGGUAAGACGCAAUUGAAUUUCUUGCGGUUACUUAGCGAGAAAGCGACGCAAACAUUCGACCUGACUUGCAAAGGAUCUCAAGGGUGCUUCGACAGUAAGAGUAACGCGCUGGAGAAGGCCAUCAGACUACAAGGAGCUAAUGAUGGCAUCCUUUCUUACAUGAAAAACGAUCCAACCGUCAAGAUUACAAAGGUAUGAGCGGAUAGCUAUGACAAGUAUGAAGAUGACACAGAUUUAGCCAAGUCUUAGAAUGCAUCUCGAGUGAAUAAAUUUUUUCUUCGGUUCAUACCGAUCAAGCGAAGUAUAGUUUGCGCCCUGACGGACAUACGCACUGUCGUCGCUCGAGAACCAGGGUUUCUCGGUGUGAUGGAUUGCCAUGGAUUCUUAUGUAUGGGACUCCUCCGGUGCACAUAGUUAUUGCGCAGUAACUUCGCCAUGACAAGACGUGCCCGGGUGGUUAGUCCAUCGGAUGGUUAGACGAUUGAUCAAGCUCCGAUCGAGAAAUCGACACCCUGAAGUUUAUUUUGUAUUGCAAGAUUUCACGAUUAUCUGCUAAAGGAUAUGUCAUGUUAAAACACCCUUUCAACUGUGUUCUUUGGUGAGUAAACUUAAAGUGAAGACGAGGCCUUCAAACUCUGGAGUUAUUGCGCACGAAGUAAGCGCGCUAGAAAAGCCCCAUACCUAAGAACCUCUAGCAACCCCAUACCUUUCUUGAACGUUCUUUUACAAGAUAAUUAACCACGAGUGAACGAGGAUGGUCAAUGAUUGGGGAAUAUUGACACGCAUUACAUUCGGCAACUUUGUUUUUUAUUCUUUCCUUAGGUCCGAACAGACUGGAAAGCAGUUGUUCACGUAGAAACCGAAGACCUCAAUCAAAUGCCCAUAGUGGACUUCGCCCCUGGAGAAUUUCUUACUUCCAAUGAAUUUGGUUUUGAAGUUGGACCUAUUUGUUUUAGUUAGUUCUUGUUGUUGUAACUCAGUGUCUUUCCUCUUUAAAUUAACUCUCGAGUGAAACUAUUAAAUAAGAUGUUCCUCUGAAAGGUAUAUGGUUCUGCGUAGUGUUGUAGUUUUUAUCCUGUUCAAAUAAAAGUCGUCAUAGAAUUUCCUUAGUUUACCAAUGAAACACCAGAGACAAAUAAUCAUAAUAAAGUGUCAUCCGUGUACAAUAUCUGUUAUUAGCGUUUCGUUAAGGCUAAACACAGGAAAAUAUGAAUAAAAAAUGGAGAGAAAGACUCUGGUUGAAACGCGCGGAAUUAUAUUCAGUAGUAAAUGCCUCAUUGGCGCUUGGGUGUUUGUUUUAAAUUCUCGCGUAUUGUUUGAAGUUGCGAGACGAAGAGGAACCUUUGAGGAAAAGAUUUCUAAAAAUGACUAAGUCAGAUUUCAUUAAACUUUGUAAUAUUUUGUUGACUUCAAGGUAUGGUUUGUGUUUGCAAGAAUUAUAUUUAUCCGAAAAUAAAGUUACCCAGUACGAGAG